AAUGAGAGAGGAAAUAGAUGGUUUCGGAUUAGUUUAUAUUAAAUACCUGAGUGUGUCUCUGGGCGUCUCUGUCUGUUUUUCUCUCAUAAUUAAAACACAGCUCUAGGAGUUCAGAGUGGUGAUGCUGUUAUAAAUAUGAAGCCUGAAAUCUCAUCUUUUUUAUCCUUUCCCCCUCCAGAUACUCUGCCGUCUGAACUGAAGACAAAAAGAGGGGAAUCUCUAGGAACAUUCAGACAGGCAAAUAUGACUCUGGAUCCAGACACGGCUCAUCCAGAGCUCGUCCUGUCUGAGGACUGGAAAAGUGUGAGACGCGGAAACACACAGCAAGAUUUGCCCAAGAACCUUGAGAGAUUUGACACUGAGCCCUGUGUGCUGGGCUGGGAGGGAUUCACCUCGGGGAGACAUUGCUGGGAGGUGGAGGUGGUGGCUGGGCAAUGCUGGGCUAUGGGGGUGGCCAGAGAAUCUGUGAGGAGGAAGGGACUGAUCAGCCGUAGCCCUGAGGGGGGGAUCUGGGCUGUGGAGCGGUGGUGGGGUCAGUUCCGGGCUCUUACCUCCCCUGCGACCCCCCUGCCCCUGAGCCGGGCUCCCAGCAGGAUCCGGGUUUGUCUGGACUGUGACCGGGGGCAGGUGACAUUUAUCAAUGCUGGUGACGAGGCCCCAAUCUUCACUUUCCCGCCGGGCUCCAUCCCUGGUGGCAGAAUCCAACCCUGGCUCUGGGUGCUGGGACCAGGAUCUGGGCUCAGAUUGUGUGCCUGAGACAGGGUGGGGGCAUUGAAAUAAACCUAGGUAUCCUGAAAUCAGCCCCUCAAACUUCAGAAACCAUAUUCUCUAUGACCCUGGAGGGCCUGUGACUUCCAGCAGACUUUCUACUGUACAGUCUCUAUGGGGUGGUUUGGGGGUGGUCUCUGGGGACUGUCAAACCAUAGAGAGCAGGAAGUGAUUGAAAUGGAGAAGCUAAUCCCACUACUCCAGGGAUUGUGCAGCCUGUUUGCCACUGUCCUCUAUGGUCCAGGAGGACUCUGAGGAUCCUGGGUCAGACAGUGUCUCCGAGACAAUGGAGAGGGGGAGGGGAGAAAUAGCCAUGAAAAUAUGGGCUUUUCUAGCCACAGUCAUCGUAAUCUCUAUGAUGCUGGAGGACUCCCAUCUACCCAGCCUCUGGCCCAGUCUCAGUGUUACCAGGAAGCUGCUCCCCCAUCUCUCCCUUUAGCACCAGGGAUGAGAGGGGGAGGGUUGAAGAACCCCUGGAGCUGCAGGAGAAGCAGAGGGGCCCUGAGGGGCAGAUAUGAGGCUGCAGAGUCAGAACUGAAGGAGGGGCUGGGGACAGAAAUGAUGUGGGGUUUGGGGGUAGAAUUAACAGCUGGUCUGGGGACAGGCAGAGGUGUGGGCUGGGCAGGGGGUACAACUAACAGCUGGUCUGGGGACAGGCAGAUUUGGGGGUGGCAGGGACACAGAAUUAAUUCAUUCAAAUUUGAAGUCUUGGGUAGAAGCUGGAGGCUCAGCACCAGCCAGGAGCCUGGGAGAGGGAGACCCAGGCCCUGGAGAGUAUGACCUACAGGCCACUAGGGAAGGGAUGCUGUGGAGGGAAGGAGUUGUGGGUGAGGAGAUGUCACCUGGAUGAAGAGGUGGCUGUGGAGAGUGGAGAGUCAGGCAUAAGGCAGGUUUAACCAGAAGGGAGAGAAAUGAAAUGGGAAGAGGUGAACAUAAAGUAAAACAAUAGUAAAGAGAAGAUUGGGGAAAAUGGGGGCAAGGGGAGACUGAAAUGAGACAAGUGAAAGGAAAACAAUCUGAGAAGGGAAAACCUCAGCGAGCCUCGGACAGAGGAGGUGAUAAAUUCAGCAGAGAGAAUUGGGCACCUGAGCUGAAAUGAUGAGUGACAGGAAUUAGAGAAGAGUUAGAGAGACUCAGAGAAAUAAACAGAUGGGAAACGAGUGUUAGAGAAAACGCUGUGUAAAACUGGAUGAAAUGAAAGAAAAGUGAAAAAGAAAGAGAACAUGAGAGGGAGAUGGAGAUCUAUAAAAUGUUUCUGAAAGUGAGACUGUAACAUUAAUUCCACCCCAUAGUUCAUGGACAAUAUUUCCACUUAGGUACCUUUCAGGGCAAAACACUCUGUGGAAGUUUUUACCAUGUGUUCUGAUUAUGAUAGUUCCCUCUCUGCUCCUUUUAAGCCUGACAUUUACUUAAGGUAAAUGAAACACAAAACAGUCUUCUUGUCUAUUUCCCUUUAAUUUCCCAGCUGUGACUUUUGAAGGUAAACAUGGGAUUUUUUUCCCCUACAUUGUUUGUGUCAACCCAGCCCCAGUGAGGAUAUCUGUGUAUGUGACUCUGAUGAUAGUCUGGACCUUACUGUGAUAUGUUGCUCUCCAGCCUGCACUCUGGGCCAUGUGCUUUAUAUAAACAUGUACGUCAGAAAUCGUUCAGCUGUGCUCUGGACAGAGCUGAUUGGGUCACUUCUCAACUUCCAAACCUACCCGUUCAUGACACCAGCAAUCAAAAUGCAUGACAGAUGUUUGCAAUCUGGAAUACCUGGAUUUUAUGGCACAUUGCCUGACAAUCAACAGAUUAUAAUGGUUUUAAUUAUUGUGGUAAUUACUGU